CGCCUUCUUUAACAAAAACGGAGGCAAAUCGUCAUUAUUUUAUUAAAAUGAGACAACUGUCACAUUGACAUUUUGUCAACCACCACAAACGUCAAAAUUUCCGUGUUACGUAAAACAGUCAAAUUUAACAAAAACAUUGCUCGUACUUGACUAAACCAAGAUGUUGCGUUCAGCAUUAACCCCCAUUAAAGACACCCUCGCCCCUAACCUCCGCAUCCUUGGCACCUUCGCACAACCCGUCCGAAACCAAUCCACAGAAGUAGCCCCCCGACCCUACUCCCCCUUUCAGAAAACUAGCAACUUGGCCGAAUAUUCCUUAGCCCGUCUCGACGACCUCCUGAAUUGGGGCCGCAAAAGCUCAAUGUGGCCUUUGACGUUCGGUUUAGCGUGUUGUGCCGUCGAAAUGAUGCACAUCGCAGCCCCCAGAUACGACAUGGACAGAUACGGAGUCGUUUUCAGAGCCUCCCCACGACAAGCAGACGUUAUUAUUAUUGCAGGAACUUUAACGAAUAAAAUGGCCCCAGCUUUGCGAAAAGUCUACGACCAAAUGCCCGAACCCAGAUGGGUGAUUUCAAUGGGCAGUUGUGCAAAUGGUGGGGGCUAUUACCAUUACUCGUAUUCGGUGGUUAGGGGCUGUGACAGGAUUAUUCCCGUCGAUAUUUACGUGCCAGGGUGCCCCCCAACUGCUGAGGCCCUCCUUUAUGGGGUUUUGCAGCUUCAGAAGAAAGUCAAACGGUACAAUGCCCUACAAAUGUGGUACAGGAAGUAGAAAAUAAUUGUAAGAAUAAAACUGUAAAUAAGGUUUAAAAUAUACACGUCGACUCGA